AUGGCAGCCAAUUAUUGGGACUCAACGCAGGCCAUCUACUGGACCUUCACCAAAGCCGAGCUGGCUGAACUGCGCAACCAGAUCCAGGAGAACAACCAGCAGAUCCACACCAAGUUCCCGCUGCCAGACCGGAGGCUCAUGAACAUCUACAUGCAGCAGAACCUCAUCAAGCUCGGGCGACGUUUGACCGCCCGGCAGCAAGCGCUUGCCACAGCCCAGAUCUACAUCAAGCGCUUCUACCUGCGGGUGGAGAUGCGCAGGACCAACCCCUUCCUGAUCAUGGCUACGGCAGUCUACCUGGCUUGCAAAAUGGAGGAGGCACCCUCGCACAUCAGGCUUGUGCUGAACGAGGCCGCCAGACAGUUCCCAGAGAUGGGCGUGAGUGAUAUGUCGCGGAUUGGGGAGUGCGAAUUUGCCCUCAUCUCCACCCUAUCUUCACGCCUUAUCGUCCAUCAUCCGUACCGGUCACUCAACGAGCUGGCGCCACUGUUUGGGUUGAGCAACGAGGAGCAAACCUUUGCGCACAAUGUCAUCAACGAUUCCUACAAUACUGACCUUAGCUUGCUGUAUCCACCGCACGUCAUCGCUAUCACCGCCAUCUUUCUCGCUUUGGUCAUUCGUCCUGCCGGACAACCAUCGGGAUUGCAGAACUACGCUUCGUCGUCGUCGCAUGCAUCAUCACCACUGCCGUCUCCUGGUGCCCACCAAAUAAGUCCUCCAUCAGGCGGCGGACCAUCAGGUGCCGCCGUGUCAGCCGCAUCCGCUCAGCAAGCCCUCUCAGGCGGCAUGGCCGGCUUCAAGGCCGCCGGUCCAAAGCUGGGCAAACUCGUCGACUGGCUCGCCGAAAGCAAAGUCGACAUGGCCGCGAUCGUGGACGCCACUCAGGAGCUCGUCAGCCUGUACGAACUGUGGGAGCAGCAGUACAACGAGCGGACGUGCAAGGAGGCCAUUACCAAGUUCAUGGCUGGGAUGAAACCCUAG